UGUUUCUCAUGAUUAAUCUGUCUGGAUGUGAGUCUGGGAUACUUGUAUUGUGUGCUUUGUACUAUGCUUUAUGCUUUGUGCUGCUUGUGUUUUGUGUACUGUUUAUGCUCAGGAGAGAACUCCGGUGUAGCAUCCGCUCAACAACUUAAAGACUAACAGAAUGGGCCAACUAUUGCUACGACCAAAUCGUGAUAACGAACGUUAUGGUGGACAGCGUGAUCAAGGGGGAUAUGGAGGCUCCGGUGGUUAUGGUGCUUACCAGCAGCAGCAGCAGCAAUAUCAGCAACCAGCGCAAUCAACAUCAAGUGGAUACGGCCAAUAUGGUAGCUAUGGUACCCCAGCAGCUUCUACAGCCGCAGUCACUGGAUAUACGCCCGAACAGCAGGCUGCAUAUGCCCAAUACUAUGGAUACCAAUAUGGUGCUGCAGGAUACCAACCGCCAGCGGCGACAGCUUCCAGUUCGGCAGAUGCAUCUUCUGCUACUCCUACUACCGGUGCAGACGUGUCAGCCUACAAUGCUUUUGACUACUCUCGAUAUGCUGCGGGUCAAUAUGGUACUACAGCUGCUACUAGUGCAGCUCCCACAUCUUCAGCGACGCCAACUACGUCUGCAGCAACUACCACCUCCAUAACCCCUGCUACAACCGUCACGGCAAGUGAUUCCACAGCCACUUCUGGAACAACUGUACCUGACUACUCAGCUUAUUAUACUCAGCAAGGCUAUAGCCAAGAAGCCUACCAACAGUAUUACAGUCAAUACUAUGGAUACCAAGCGGCAGCGGCGGCAGCAGCAGCAGCAGCAGCAGUAACAGCAACAGCAGAGUCCACUGGAGCCACUGCCGAUACUGUGUCAUCAGCCGCACCAGUAUCUCUAGCCACUGCUACAGAGCUAACACCCUCUGAUGCCACUACCGCCAACGCCAGUGUCGCCAAUGGAACCGGGGCCUCCUUCUCGGCUGAGGAGAACAAGUGAGCACAAAGAGAAUUAUGUAUAUGUAGUUUGUUCAUAUGUCUGUGUCUAUCUGUCUGUCUGUCAAUCUGUUGCCUGUGCCCUGUGUCUAUGCAAGUAGUUUUUGGUUAAAUAUAGUGAUCCAUGUUUUUUCAAAUGAUAUUGGGGCCAUUUGCUUUUAGUAAAAACACCUAUUCUUCAUAGUAUAA